AGCACCAGAGCUGGUGAGUGAUUCCUGCACAUGGAAAACUGAGAUUUGGGGGCUGUUUGUUCCAUUGUAGGAGCAGGAUGGAGAGGAUAGUGAGAGAAGGAAAAGGAGGAGGAAGGCAACCAAAAGGAAAAGAGAAGGGAAAAGCCAAGAGGAGGAAGAAGAAGGAUCUCUGUCCUGUGACAUCAAGCUGGAUGACACCCUGGAUCGUACCUUGGAGGAUGGAGCUAAGCAGCAUAACCUGACUGUGGUCAAUGUGAGGAACAUCCUCCAUGAGGUGAUCACCAAUGAGCACGUGGUGGCCAUGAUGAAAGCAGCAAUCAGUGAGACAGAAGAUAUUCCUUUGUUUGAGCCCAAAAUGACUCGUUCCAAACUGAAGGAGGUUGUGGAGAAAGGAGUGGUGAUUCCUACCUGGAAUAUCUCCCCAAUUAAGAAGGCAAAUGAGGUGAAGCCACCUCAGUUUGUGGACAUUCCUCUGGAGGAAGAUGAUUCAUCUGAUGAAGAAUACCAGCCUGAGGAUGAGGAUGAAGAUGAGACAGCAGAAGAGAGUUUGCUGGAAAGUGAUGUGGAGAGCACUGCUUCUUCCCCUCGUGGAGCCAAGAGGUCCAGGACAAGGAGGUCCUCUGAGGAGGAGGGAGGGACACACUGUGAGAUGGAGAAGGUCACUCCACCUGUUGUUCGACAUAUUAGCGCUGAAGUUGUUCCCAUGGGACCUCCUCCACCUCCUAAACCAAAGCAAACCAAAGACAGCACCUUCAUGGAGAAGCUGCAUGCAGUGGAUGAAGAGUUGGCCUCAAGUCCUGUCUGCAUGGACUCCUACCAGCCCCUGGAGGACAGUCUGAUUGCCUUCAGGACAAGGUCCAAGAGGCCCCUGAAGGAUGUGCCCCUGGGGCAGCUGGAGGCAGAGCUGCGAGCCCCAGACAUCACCCCUGACAUGUAUGACCCCAACACUGCGGAUGAUGAGGAGUGGAAGAGGUGGCUUGGGGGGCUGAUGAACGAUGAUGUGGAGAAUGAAGAUGAAGCAGAUGAUGAUGAUGAUCCUGAGUACAACUUCCUGGAAGAUCUGGAUGAACCUGACACAGAAGACUUCAGGAAUGAUCGAGCUGUGAGGAUCACCAAAAAGGAAGUGAAUGAACUGAUGGAGGAGCUGUUUGAGACAUUCCAGGAUGAAAUGGGUUUCUCCAACAUGGAAGAUGAAGGUCCAGAAGAUGAAGAUAAUGUCACAGAGUCUCGACCAAACUUCAAUACCCCCCAGGCACUUAGGUUUGAGGAACCUUUGGCUAAUUUGCUGAACGAGCAGCACCGAACAGUGAAAGAGCAACUGGAACAGCUGAGGAUGAAGAAGUCUUCAAUCAAACCACCACAGGAGGCUGAAAAAUUAAAGCCUCAGAAUGAGAAACCUCUCCAGAGUCUUGUCCUGGACAGUGCACAAAGAAAGAGGCUCCAGCAGCAAAUGCAGCAGCAUGUACAACUUCUGACACAAAUCCAUCUCCUUGCAAGUUUCAACCCUGCUUUAAGCUCUGAGGCCAGUACCACCAGGAUGUUUCUGAAUGAACUGGGGAACUUCGCCCGGAGCUCCACUCUGCUCCACCUGUCCCUCAACCCCAAGUUCCAGACCAUGUUCCAGCCCUGUAACCUUCAGGGAGCUCUGCAGCUCGUCGAGGACUUCCAUGCCCAGGUCCCAAUCGACUGGAGCCCUCGGAAAGCUGUGAAGAAGAGUGCCAGUGAAUUUUCCUGCUUGCCAAAGCAAGUGGCCUGGAUUUUGGCAACCAGAAGAGUCUUUAUGUAUCCAGAGUUACUGCCAAUAUGUUCCUUGAGACCAAACCCUCCCCGGGACAAGAUUGUCUUCACCAAGGCAGAGGACAAUUUGUUGGCUUUAGGUCUGAAGCAUUUUGAAGGGACAGAGUUUCCAAAGCCUUUGAUCAGCAAGUAUCUCCUGCCAACAAAAACUGCUCAUCAGCUGACAGUAAGGAUCAAGAACCUCAACAUGAACAGAGCUCCAGACAACAUCAUCAGGUACUACAAGAAGACCAAGCAGUUGCCUGUCCUGAUGAAGUGCUGUGAGGAAAUCCAACCCCACGAGUGGAAACCACCAGUGGAGAGAGAGGAACAUCGUCUGCCUUUCUGGCUGAAGGCAAGCUUGUCCUCCAUCCAGGCUGAGCUGAAGCAGCUGGCAGAAGAUGCCAAAGAGAUGUCAAGUUCACCUGAUGCAGAAUCUGCUCUUUUGGGACCAGGAAAGGAAACUUCAGAUAAAGACUAUGAUGAAAAAUACCCUCUGCUCAUGCCCAAGGGACUCGUCCUCACCCUAAAGCCUCUUGCCAACAGGUUCUCCAGGAAGGCCUGGAGGAGGCAGAGGUCUUCGACUCUGAAACCUGUCCUCAUCCGGCCUAGUCCUUGUGUGCAGCCCAACCCCAGUCCUGUUAACAUGCAGAAGGCUGUGAAGUUGGCCCAGCCAGAAGCUCCUCCCAGCAAGGUCCUGGUACAGGUUCCUCGGCCCAUCCAGCCAGCGCCGGUGGUGCCACCAGUUCCAGGGGUGCAGCCUCUGAGUGUGCCAGUGGUGGGAGGUGGGGAGGGUUUGGACUUGGAGAAUGUGCUCUCCACUGCACCUUCAGACUCCAGACAAGCUUUCCCAGCUGCUGUACCACCAGCUCUGGUGUCCUCAGAGCCUUUUCAGCCCAGGUUGCUGCUGCCAGCCCUGGCCGGAGCGAAGCCACGGAAACCUUGUGUGAGGAAAGGCUACCAGAGGAAAAAAGGGACCAAAUCUGUGCCCCUGAUAAAGCCUUCCCCUCUGAUCCAGCCAUCCCCUGUCAUCCUCACUGUCCCUGCCACCACAGUGAAGGUGGUGAACAUAGGCAAUGGCUGCAACAUGAUUCAACCCAUCAACACCACAGUGGCUAGAGGCACUCAGGCCAUUCCAGUGACAACCCUGCUGGUAAAUCCAUCCACCUUCCCAUGUCCACUGAAUCAGCCUCUGGUCACCUCCUCCAUCCCCUCACUGAUUGUCUCUCCUAACCCUGUUGGCCUCUCUGCAUCCUCUGUUGGUGACAGUGAGGAGCAACUGACCCUGGUUCCUGCUGGGAACAGCAGCUGUGCCUAUCCCAUGGCAGAAUCCAAGGCUGAGGCUCCAGAGCUGUUUGUUCCUUGCUCUGCUGUGUCCCCCGAGGAGGAUUGUGGCACAAAUCCUGCUCCUUCCCAUGAGGGCAGCCAGGAAAAGGGGACUAAGAGUGACUGCUGCAGCUGGGCAGUGGGAGAAGGAGAGGAGAACCCAUCAGAGCCAUUGCCCGUGGACCUCUUGCCUCACUUAAAAGAUCAGGAUGAGCCAGCAAAAAUUGAGUCUGAAGAUUCAAAUGAUGCUCUCAAGGAGGUCAGUCCAGGACAGAAGAGAGAUCUGUUAUGUGCUGAAGAGAAGGAGGAGUUCAUGCUGGGCCUUGGCCAGGAGCUGAACAUGGAGGCUGCGUGUUCCUGUGGGGAUGACCUGAAGAAGGAGCAUGUUCCCUGUGAGGAGAAGGGAGAGGAGGAGCAGAGGGCUCUGCAGUCCUCUCCCCCUGGGGAGCAGCAGGUGGAUGCAGGUGUGGUUGUUGGACAAGUGAGCAGUGAGUCUCCCAAGGCUCUUCCCUACCCAGCAGAUGUUGAGGCAGAAUUUAGCAGCCCCUUGGGAAGACCAGAGGAUUCAUCCAGCAUAGAUGGUCAGUCCGUGGGGACACCAGCUGGCCCUGAGGCUGGGGGAGAGAGGGAAGGGCAAGAAGAAGAGGAAGAAGAUGACUUUGAUGAUUUUACCCAAGAUGAGGAUGAGGAAAUGUCAUCGGCCUCAGAAGAAUCUAUUCUGUCAGUGCCAGAACUUCAGGAGACCAUGGAGAAACUCACUUGGCUUGCAACAGAGAGACGUUUGAGCCAAGAGGCAGACUCUGAAGAAGAGAAUUCCCAGGAAGAGAACUCUGAGCCUGAAGAAGAGGAGGAGGAGGAAGGGGAAGGAAUAGAGAGUUUACAGAAAGAUGAUGAAACCUGUGGAGAUACAUCAGAGGAGCCUAAAUCUGCCUUCACCUUGGCAAAGGCAACUUCUCCCCAGGUGGAAGCUCACAGAACUCCUGCAGGAGAGAACCUGAAAGCUCCUGGGAAGAGCAGGAGCUCCCACAGGACCAGGAAUAAGAGGGGUCGAGCUCGUGCCAGCAAGGACACCUCGAAGCUGCUGCUGCUGUAUGAUGAAGACAUCCUGGAGAGAGAUCCCCUGAGGGAGCAGAAGGAUUUGGCCUUUGCCCAAGCUUAUCUGACCAGGGUCCGUGAGACCCUGCAGCACAUUCCUGGGAAAUACGAAGACUUUCUCCGUGUCAUCUACGAGUUUGAGAUCAGCACAGACAAGAGAACAGCUGUGGAUCUCUACUCCACCCUGCAGAAGCUGCUGCACGACUGGCCACAGCUGCUCACAGACUUUGCUGCCUUCCUGUUACCUGAGCAAGCCUUGGAGUGUGGAUUGUUUGAGGAGCAGCAAGCCUUCGACAAGAGCCGCAAGUUCCUGCGGCAGCUGGAGAUCUGCUUCGCCGAGAACCCUGCUCACCACCAGAAGAUCAUCAAAGUCCUGCAGAGCUGUGCAGACUGUCUGCCCCAGGAGAUUGCAGAGCUGAAGACCCAGAUGUGGCAGCUGCUGAAGGGACACGACCACCUACAGGAUGAGUUCUCUGUGUUCUUUGAUCACCUGCGUCCCUCAGCCAGUCGCAUGGGUGACUUUGAGGAGAUCAACUGGACUGAAGAGAAGGAAUAUGAGUUUGAUGGGUUUGAAGAGGUGUCUUUGCCAGAUGUGGAGGAGGAGGAUGAGCCCCCCAAGAUGCAGCCAACCACGAGAAACAAGAAGAGGAAAGAGAUUGGAGGCCAACACAACGACAAGGUGGGCCUGGGGGAGUCUCACUGCUCCAUGGGAGGACUCUGA